UAGUGGGAUAUUUAAACCUGUUCGUCCAUAUGCGCGUCAUUUCGUCCUACUGCCUUGACUACAAUGAAAAGCUGUGAGUUUCAUAAGACCCACACAAUUGGAAACCUCUAGAUCUCCGUUCGGAGUUUGGUGGGUGUUGUUAACUAGCCCUUUUUGCCUUAAUCUGCCAAUCAGUAGGGCGCGAGAGCAAGCUGGGUGUUGUUGGCACAAAUUCGGCACGAGAGCGCACGCGAAAGGACAAUAUUUCACAUGCCGUGGCGUCACGGCAUGACUAUAUAAUUAAUUUGUAGGUUAUUAAAGUAAACGGCCAACAUCAUGGUGACACUGACCGCGAUCGUCGCGCCUCUCGGUCGGCAGAUCCACAGGCAUCUGGUGAAGCAUGUCAGAAGCCAGCGCUGGAUACCGUCUCGGACAUGUAACUUGUCUGCAUGCUCCAGCAAAUUAGUUCUCAGUCGAGUGCAUCCGAUGUGGCAGGAGCCGCUCGCCAUUCCCGGUGGAGAUCGCCAGUCGCCUAUUGACAUUGUGGUGCGUAAAAGCGUCUUUGAUCCACAGCUCAGACCUCUGAAGGUACAAUAUGACCCAAGGACCUGCCAGCAGAUCUGGAAUAAUGGCUACUCUUUUCUGGUUGAGUACGACGACACGACUGACAAAUCCACUCUGAAAGGAGGCCCAUUGGAGGAUCAGUUCAGACUGUGUCAGUUUCAUUUUCACUGGGGGGAGAACAACGCCUGGGGCUCUGAACACUCCAUAGACCGCCGCCUUUACCCUGCUGAGCUUCAUCUUGUUCACUGGAACUCGGACAAGUACAGUUUGUUUGAGGAGGCUGUUAUUGAGGAGAAUGGACUAGCUGUUAUUGCGGUCUUUCUGAAGAUUGGAAAGAGACACGAGGGUUUGCAGAAAUUGGUGGAUGCCUUGCCUGCAGUCAGGCACAAGGAUAGCGUGGUAGAGUUCAUCAAGUUCGACCCUGCGUGUCUCCUCCCGGAGAAAAUCGAUGAUUAUUGGACAUAUGCAGGUUCUCUGACCACUCCUCCUCUUACUGAGGCGGUGACAUGGAUUGUGAUGAAACAGCACAUUGAAAUCAGUCAUGAUCAGUUGGCAGUGUUUCGAAGCUUGCUGUUCACAUCGGCAGAAGAGCAGGUGCAGAGAAGCAUGGUCAACAACUUCCGUGUUCAGCAGGCUUUGAAGGGACGGACUGUCCGUUCUUCUUUCACCCCCUUCCUCCAAGAUGCUCCCUCUAUGAAGUAGCAUCAAAACUCAGUGACCUAAUUCACAUCUUAACCUCCAAAACAAGCACCGACUCAUCAGUCAUUCUUUAUUGUGGACUUCUGAGAUCCAUAAUGUCUUAACUAGAUUUUUUAAAUUUUUUUAUUCACCAUUUCCAGCCAGGCAUUUAGGUGUAGAUUGGAGAGAUUCCAUUGAAAGGGAUUAACAAAAAUGUAGUUUAGUUAUUGAAGGGCCUGCUUAUUCCUCUGACAGAAGGUUCAUGCAAUUCAUCGUCAUUUCGCUGUAUUUGUUCAAGUAUUGAAAAUAAUACUAGAAUUCAGAAAAUUCUAAUUUCAGUAUGAAACACGCACAUUUCCUUUUAAUAUAGUAGCAAAGGGUGUCCACUUUUGAGGACAAACAGCUCCCUCUUGUGGAUAACUGACAGAAUGCAAAUGUGGGGGGGGGGGAUGUUCAGUAGUUUUAGUUAAGUGGUAACUCGUUUGCUGCCAGGGAAUUUCUUUUAUGCGUGAAACUGCACAAUGCCUUUCACUUUUGAUUGGUUUUUAGAUGUUAAAUAAUUUUAAGUAUAAAUAAUCUUAAGUAAUAAACAUGUAGAGAGAAAAUUUUAAAUAUUUUAAGAUUACAUUUAAAUAUUGCAGUUUAAAUAAGACUAGAAAUAUAGUCUUUAUGAAAGGUGCACUAGACAUUUAGAGGUGUCAAAGGAAGAGGAGUAGAUUAAUGCACACAACUGUUUAGUGAAGAUGCAUUACUGUACGUGCUGUGUACCUCAUAAUUAAUAGAUUAUCAUCACUUGUGCCUUUUUCAUUGUACUCUGUUAUCUGAUCAACUGCAGAAGUGGUUGGCCAUAAUUGCCUUUCGGCAAAACGUGUGCCUCCAAAUAAAAUCUCUUAUAGUCAUUGUUGUUCUCAUUCAUUAAGCUCAUGAUAGUAAUUGUUCAUCUGUUGAUCGUUAAAGUGUAUUUAGUGUCAGUGAUUUU